GCCCAUAAUUCAUCCCCUGUCCUCUCUCUGCCAGCGCAGGCGCAGCGCCGCGGGGAAAGGAAAGCGAUGCCGUCUCCUCCUCCUCCGCCGCCGCCGCCCGGGGCUCUGCCGGUGGGCUUCCGCUUCCGCCCGACGGACGAGGAGCUGGUGUGCCACUACCUCAAGCCCAAGAUCGCCGGCCGCGUGCACCCGGACCUGCUCCUCAUCCCCGACGUCGACCUCUCCGCAUGCGAGCCCUGGGAGCUGCCCGCCAAGGCGCUCAUCAGGUCCGACGACCCCGAGUGGUUCUUCUUCGCGCCCCUCGAUCGCAAGUACCCCGGCGGCCACCGCUCCAACCGCUCCACCGCCGCCGGCUACUGGAAGGCCACGGGCAAGGACCGCCUCAUCCGCUCGCGCCCAGCAGGCACCCUCAUCGGCAUCAAGAAGACGCUCGUCUUCCACAGAGGCAGGGCGCCGCGAGGCCACCGCACCUCCUGGAUCAUGCACGAGUACCGCACGGCCGAGCCCCAGCUCCAGCAAGGCCAAAACGGUAGCUUCGUUCUCUACCGCCUGUUCGACAAGCACGAGGAGGAGGAACCGGAAGCCGCAGACGCCGCCGAUUCACCGUCCACAUCGUCUGCCGCCGACCCGCCACCCAUCGCGCCAGCAGUGAAAGCUGAGAAUUUGUGCCAACCCGCUUCUGCGAAAAUGGCUCAUCUUCUUACAACUCUCAGUAACAAUGAGCCAACAGCCGCCCAGCAGGAAGGCGAUCCUCUUCUGGAUGUGUUAGCCCAGCUUCCAGACCUACAGCCUGAGCAAACAUACGAUGGAUUCCCUACCAUCACCUCUCCGAUGCGUCCUUACACUGACCAUCCUUUUCUUGGCAAUGUUGGUGGGCAAGAUCUUUCGGCGUAUAUAGAUAGCAUCAUUGCUCAUCAGGAUCUGGAAGACUUGUUGGUCAACCCUUCUUUGGCGAAGACGGUGGAGCACCCCACUGGAAAUUUUGAGCCCAUUCCUACUUCUCUACUUGUUCCAAGCAGCAGCUCCUCAAACAACAACAGAUCACCUGAAAAUAGCUGGGCAAACCUUGAUACAGAAAGGUUGCUCCUAAUCCAGGGUGCAGAUGGCACAGAUGCUGCUGCUUGCUGUUCUUCUGCAACCAAAAUACUACAAUUUGAUACAGGUGAUGCUAAUCAUGACACGGGACCUCAAACUGACUCGGCCUCUGGUGUGUCAGCUGAAGCAUCCCACUUAUACAACCAAUAUCAACUUCAAUCUGCAUCCAUUCCUCAAAUGGAGCUGGCCAGGAGUGACAUGACAGAUUCAGACGCCUUUAAUGGGCUUGAAGGUUCGGCACCAGAACCUUUGAUGCAGCAAUUAUCAGUUUCAAACUUCACGGAUCCACACCAAGGGACUGCGUUAAGAAGGAUCCGCCUUGUGCACUCUAUUCAGAGGGCGUCAGUCACUGAGCCUGUACUAACUUCAAAUUCGGAGGGUGAAGAUGAAGAACGGUCAUGUUAUAGCACAGACAAUUCAUCAACCAACAACGAGGAUUAUGCCAAUGCUGGAGGAGCAAUGCAUAGUCAAGGUGGAGGGGUGAUACCUACUCAAGUAGUUUCUUCGACGGAAGUUACAGGAGAGCUACAGGAUUUCAUAUUUGAUGAAGGUGCAUCGUCGCUCCAUGGUGUGGUGCGUCAUGGAGGCAAUCUCAAGCGGAGGCUCAAAGAGGAAUAUAUGGAAACCAAUCAGGAUGCCGGUGAGAUCCUGCAGCAGAGCAUCCGUGUACCUAGAGAGCCAUCCCUGAGGAGACGACAACGGAUCAGUUCAGUUGUGCGGGUGCUUUGCCUGGCUCUGGUGGUCAUUCUCGUAUUUGUUGGCCUAUGGAAAUGUAUCUAGCUAGUCUAGCUUACAGAAGUCACUGCCUGCAUUAUUAGGUACGACGAGCUAUUAUUCAGUGUGGUGACUGCAUCAGUAGAUAUUUGGCUGGCUUAACAAAAGGUUGGUUAGAAAAUCUUGAAGAGUUGUGAGCCCGUUGAUAGAAAUAGAAUGAAGCUAGCGUGUGUAGCUGAGUUAGGUUCCAUAGAAGGAAAGUUAUGAUGUUUGACAUGGUUGUGUAUAUUUAGUAGGUAAUUCCGUUGCUGCUUGUGGUCAGUUAUAUGGAUCAAGCAUAUAUCCCAGUCGUCUGUUUAUGUACAUAUUUCAUCAAGUAGCUGGUGGUAUGAA